ACUUGCUCAAACACACACUACACAAUGCCCAAAGCACCCCCGACACCACCGUACCCCCUCAACGGGCUGUUCCCUCUCGCCAAGCCGCGUGGCCCUCCGUCCAUGCAGGUCAUCGAGGCCAUCAACCCCCUCCUCCUCGAGUCGCGCCUGUUCGAGGACCAGGCCAAGGGCGAGCUGCACGCGCGCAAUAUCGCAAACUCAAAGUACACGAAGCGCAAGCGCAACUCGACGCACGAGGGCCUCAAGAUCGGGCAGGGCGGCACGCUCGACCCGCUCGCCGACGGCGUGCUGGUGAUCGGCGUAAACCGCGGAACGAAGCACCUCCAGCGCUUCCUCGACUGCACCAAGGAAUACGAGUCCAUCGGCAUCCUCGGCGCGACCACCACCACUAUGGACGCCGAGGGCGAGGUCCUGUCCACUGGCGUGAGCGACGCGAUUACCCGCGAGGAUGUCGAGGGCGUGCUUGACAAGUUCCGUGGAAAGAUCAUGCAGACGCCGCCUAUCUUCUCCGCCCUCAAGAUGGACGGCAAGCCGUUGUACGAGUACGCGCGCGAGGGCAAGCCGCUCCCCCGCGCCAUCCCUGUGCGCGAGUGCGAGGUGUCAAUCGAGCUCGUCGACUUCCGGCCCGCCGAGAAGGUCCCCGGCGACGGUGGCCACAAGUACCGCUGGCCCGAGAAGCACCUGUCGGCCGAGGAGAAGGCCACGUUCCGCAAGCUCGACAAGAUGGUCGCCGACGCGGCUGGCGACGCGCCGGCCGGCCCCACGCUCGACUACGACACGGUCGUGCCCGAGGUGUCGGCGACGACUGGCCUCCGCCCGGCAACGUUCACGGUCCGCAUGACCGUCUCGCGCGGGACGUAUGUCCGUUCGAUCGUGCACGACAUUGGCCUGGCGCUCGGGUGCGGCGCGCACGUCGUCAAGCUCACGCGGACGCGCCAGGGCGAGUUUGUCCUCUUGAGCGACGAGGCGGCGCUCAAGGCGCACGACGCGGCGCAGGCGGCCGCGGCAGCCGUCGACGUCGACGACGAGGAGGCGGCCAUGAACGCCGGCGCCAGCUCGUCGUCAACGCUCGGCAAGGGCGACACCAAGACCAUCCCAUGUAUUCCCUGGGAGGUGUUCCAGCGCGCGUUACAGGACCGCGCCGAGACGAUGGAGGAGGAGAAGCUGGAGCGCGAGGAGAUGGAAAUGUCCGGCGCGACGCCCGACGAGAUCAACAAGAAGCUCGGCAAGAAGGCUAUCCUGGCGCGCCGCAAGGAGGGCGAGCUCAAGGAGUGGGAGGUCGAGGUGCUCCGCCGCUUCGUGCCGGUCGAGCUGCCCGUCGUGCGCGACUCGAAGAGCCGCGCCGCGGGCCUGUACUAGGGUUGGGGUGCGUGCCUUGUCUGAGGGUGCAUGAUGCAGUAGUCUAUGUGUACAUGUCUAGAGUGGGAUGCGGGUGACGUCGCGCGCGACCUUGACGCAGAGGUCGGUGAUGGUCCAGCCGGAGGCGGGCUGGGCCUUGAGCAGCGCGGCGGAGCGCGUGGCGCCGAGGUGCGCGAGCAGCUCGGGCGUGAAUGGUGCGGCGUCUGAAGGCGAGACGUCGCCUUCCCUCUCUUCCUUGUCCCCCUCGGCACCAGCCUGGAGGCACCAAGCGAACGAGGCAUGGAAC